AUACCAAAGAAGGGAAUUCACUUUUAUCACCGGAAUAUUCUGGGCUUUAGUCUCAACAAAUUCAUUUACCCAGAGUCUUUUUAUCUCUUCGUCUACGCUUCCUUCUGCUCGUUGCCUUCACCUUUCCCUCUAUUGAUACAAGUUAAAUUGAUUAAUGCAGGAUGUCAGAAGAAGCACCUUUCUAUCCCAGAGAAAAGCUUGUUGAGAAGCAAAAGUUUUUCCAAAGUGUUCACAAGCACACAUACCUGAAAGGUCGUUAUGACAAGAUCACCUCAGUGGCCAUUCCAGCUGCUUUGGCAGCUACUGCUUUGUUUAUGAUUGGGAGAGGGAUCUACAAUAUGUCUCAUGGCAUAGGUAAGAAGGAAUAAAUGGUGGCGUCUGCUCGACCAUCGUUCCUAUGGCAGCUGAAGUUCGAAAGGGGAUAUUUCAGACCUGUUUGUUCGUUUGUGGACUUACUUAUUAGUUGCUAAUACUAGUUAGACGCAGACAAUAGAGCGUGCCAAUAUAUGGCAUAUGCCAUCAGUACUCAGCAGCAUAAAACAUUUCCUUAUCUGUUUCGGUUUAUGCAUAUUUGUAUUAGACUAUGUUGGUGUGGAAAUCAGCAUGUCAACUAAUGCAUCUUCCUUUAUAGUAUUUCGAAUGUUAAAAAGCAUGUCAAAAUGAGAAAUCCCAGGCCCUCUUUGACCCUUGUAUAAGGUGUGUCUAAUCCAUUGCAAGGAGAGUAACAAUAGUCGCACUAAAUUAGAAUUUAAAUUUUGUUA